AUGUUUCUGGAAUUCCAUUUUCAUUCUUUCAGGGCCCCCGCAACGCCAUUUCUCUUGAAUGUGGUGAAAUAUUGGACGGAUCGUCAGAGGUUUGUUUUUCAUUUCGUAUAAUAUUUACAUUUUUGCAGGUUUCGGUUCAUAUUUUGUUGUUUUUGAUAAUAAUGGUUUCACUUUGCAGUCCUAGUUUAGGUCUUAUAAGAAAGGAAUUCGAAAAUACGUUUUUUUUUUUAAAUUUUUCCGCCUUGAUUUGUAAACAAAAUGUCUCGUUUUUGAAUUUUUAAAAACGGCACAAACAUGCAAAAGAUGAGAAUUUCGAAGUUUAAUCCUUCCAGAGUGAAAAUCAAAAGUCGAUCAAAAAAAUGUUCUUUCGUUCAUUUUAAAAAAAUAAGAGCCCUUGAAAGGCUUUCUAAGUUCUCUUCAUGUUGAAUUUUAUGAUUUUUGUUUUUUUUUAAUGAAAAAAAUCUAAAUAGCGCAGAGUCGAUACAAUAUUAGAAGCUAGAAAAUAGCAGAAAAAGCAGAUUUUUCGGCGUUUUUUUGCAAAUUUCUCUGGCCUUAAAUAUAAUUUUUUGGUCAUGGUAAGAAACGAUCCAAACUCAAAAAUCACGCAAAAAUGUCGUUGAGCUUUUUUUCUCAUCUUUAAUUCUUCUGAAGUGCUUCCAAACUUCAUUCAUAUUGACGGCUGUAGCUUAUAAAAUGGCUCUCAAAAAAUUUAUAAACUUUUGAAAAUCCAUUUUUUUUGAAUCGAAAAUGGCGACCCAAGAUCGAGAAUCUCUAGAAAUGUCGUUGAGCUCCUUCUUUUCAUUUUGAGUUCUUCAUCGCAAACUUUAUUCAUCUUGACAGUUGAAACUUGGAAAAGGCGAAUUCCGAUUAAAAAACUACUAACAAGGGAGGUCAUUUUACUUUGCGAGUGGGUGUUUCUUGAAAAGAACACUCCUUGAUGCACCAGAAGAAGGUUCUGAAUGUCGCAAGCGGCACAACUUCCUAGUUUUCGAGAGAUAAAAGUCUAAACCCUCAAAGUAGCAAAUUUUUCGGAUUUUUAACGGGUUUCUUUGACUUUGAGGCGUCUUUUCUCAAAAACGAGGAAGUUGUGAAGGUUGAGACUUUCAGGAUCUUCUUCUGGUGCAUAAAGUAGCGUUCUGGCGAAUUUGCACGAAAUUCCCAAAAAAAAAAAUAACUGAAAGUGUAAUUUUCUUCCAGAGUAACGGUCCGAACUCGAAAACUCCGCAAAAAUGUCGUUGGUCCAUGUGCAGCGGUCUCCGUCGCCGUCGCUCGGCGAUGAGAGCGAAAUUUUGGUCCGUUUUUGAUCAGAUAAACAUUUUUUAUCUCGCUGAGUCCUCCAUCAUUUUCCUGCAGGAUCUGGAAUCCUCCCGAUGUUCUUCUCGGAACAAAAGCAUGUCUGAGUGCUAUUUUGCCGUCAGAGGAGCCGCCGUCAUCCUUCCCCACAGGUUCCUGUUUAAAACUUGUCUAGUCAAACUAAUGAUUUUUUUGAAGUAUUGAUUGAAAUCAUGUUUUUCUGGAAUUCAUAAUUGAAAACUUGUUCGUUAUUCUGUUCAAAAAGUCGACUAAUUUAGGAUUUAUUGUUUAUUGAUUUUUUCGAAGUAUUGAUUGAAAUUUUUUUUAUGGAUUUCAUAACUGGACACUUGUUUGUUAUUCUGUUCUAAAAGUCGAUUUAUUUAGAAUUUAUCGCUUUUUUGCCGAAUUAAUGAUUUUUCUAAGUUUUAUGUUGCUAAUCCGAACUAUUUCAGUCAAAUUAUUGAUUUUCCUGAGUAUUGAUCGAUUUUUUUUUCGAUAACUUUUCUGAGAGUUUUUGAUGACACAAAAACACAGGUUUAAUACCCAUUUUUGGCCAAAUUAUUGAUUAUUCUAAUUUUUAUGUUGCAAAUCGAUUGAAAGCCUGAGAAACUUUAUAAAUUUCUUCAUUUUUUGCAAGUUAAUCCGGAUAUUUCGAAUCGAAUUAUUGACUUUUUGAAAAGUUUUGAUCGAAAUUUGUCUUAUUUUGAAAUUAACCAGUUAAAAAUCUAUGUGGAUGAUUUUUUUUUAACCCAAAAAAAGCGUACUAUUUUUUUUGUCAAAUCAUUGAUUUUCUUCGAAAUAGUGUUACAAUUCGAGUGAAUGAGUUUGAAAUUCAAAGAUUAGCGAUUUUUAAUAAUUUUGGGGCUUGGUUUUUACUCAGGAAAAAAUAACCUAUCCGUUUUUUUCCACAGAUUUUAUCACCUUCUUUGGUCAAUAUUUUGAUUUUUCGGAGUAUUGAUCGAAAAAAAAAAUGAAAAAGGGUCCUGACACGAAUUUGAAAAAAGAAAGAGUGCCUGGUUGGUGGAGAGCGCAGAGUCCUUAGUCAUUUAUAAAACUUUCUAGAAUAAGCUCAACAAGAAAAAUUCUGCAAAUAAGUCAUAACAUUAUUGAUUUUUGGUUCUCACUAUAUUUAAAACCUUGGAAACGGUAAAUUGAGGUAAACGGUUUUUGAAAUCCGCCGAUUUUUCGGAAUUUCAUGGAGAUUUUUAGCGAAAGCUCGCCGACUUGCUCGCAUUCGGCGGCUGACGUCGAAAUCGAGGGACAUUUACAGGCGAUGACGCGUCUUUUGAGGCCACAUGACAGCAUCACCAUGGCCGUUCGUCUCCAAACUCAGGUUGGAAUGGUCUUUUUUCAGGUGAAAAUCGGUAAAAAAUGAAGAAAAAAGAAGUUGAAUCCUCCCAGGUGUUUCUUCGAGCUUUUCUGGAUUUUUUAAUCCACAAAGAAGUUUUUUAAUGCAACACUCUAGCCCUUUUAGAGAUUUUUCAAAGUUCGAACCUUUUUUUUCUGAAAAAAGCUCAGUUUACCGUUUCAAAAAAAAAGUGGUACUAGUUAAAAAAUUUUUGCGUACUUCUGUCCGCACUCUGUUACAGAUGGUCUGAAUUUUUAUAUUUUUUUGAAAUAAUAAUUUCGAGUUCUGAAAUCUCUUUUUUCAAUGUAUGAAAAAUGCAUGGCUAAUAGUUUUUCGAGAAAAAAAUAAAAAUGGAAAAAAAGAAGUUGAAAUUUCUAGGUAUUUCUUCGAAGUUCUCGGGAUAUUUUUAAUUCAAAAAGAAUUUUUUUUUCAUGCAAUACUCUAAACCUUUUUAGAGAUUCUUCAAAGUUUGAACAUUUUAUUUUUCUGAAUUAACUCAGUUUACCGUUACAAGAAUUUCUGAUUAGCUGAAAAUUUGUGCGUACUCUUGCUUGUACGCUGAGGGACAUUUCUGAAUUUUUAAUAAAUUUUUAAAUUAUUUUUGAAUUUUUUUGAAAGUUUUUUUCUUAUACAAAUUGUGUGGAAAUUGGUUUUCGAGGUGAAAAAAAUCGACAAAAAAAUUUAGAAAAAAAGAAGUUGAAGCCUUCCAGGUGUUUUUUUAAUAUUUUUUUCUGGAUUUUUCCUAUCUAAAAAAAAAUUUUUUUCAAGUUAAGAUCAAAUUUGAGAAUUUUUGGCAAUAAUCCAGAGUUUUUUUAGAAAUUUUUUUAAAGCUCAAAUCAUCUAUCCCUUUAAAAAAAGCUCAAUCUACGUUACAAAAAAAAUUUAAAUAAGUUCAAAAUUAGUGCGUUCCUUCAAUCAUAUGUGUUUGAAAAAAAACUAUGAAUUUUAUAUAUUCGAAAGUUUUUUUGAAGAUUCAUUCAAAGUUAAACAUUUUUUUCUAGUGAUAUAAUUAUCGCGGAAUGAAACGAAAAAGGCCAAAAAUCACUCAAGUGAUCACUAUAUGGCUCGGAAGCCUGGAGCUUUUCCGCGCAGUUUAUGAGUACCAAUAAAAACUUUUAUUCAAUCAAUUUUUCCAAGGCGAAAUUAUUACAGGAAAAAUUACUUUAAGUUAAAAAGAUCCCUCCAGGUAAACGAAAAGCUUGAAAAAAAGACUUUAUUAAUUUUUUUAAUAGAAAUUUUUUUCGAUCUAUCAGAGGAGCAUAGAAAGUUUUUUUAUCAGUUCAAUUUUUUUGAAAAAUUCUCCUCAUUCAAUGCGUCUAACAGAUGCUUUAUUACUGUAGACUUUUAAAAUAGGGAUUUUUUCGAAGUUUUAUUAUUCAAUUAAGAUUUUUUUGAAGUUAUAAACUUAAUUUUUGCCAAUCAAUAUGCGAUUUUUUCGAAAUUAGAAAAUGUCAACUUUUUUCAUAUCCAUGUUUCUCUCAGGUUCUGGAUCACGUGAGGUACUUGACGAUCGUCAGCGCCUUCACGGAAUCUGAUGAAAAAAGAACUUUGCUCCUUGGAAUGGACUACUAUCAUCAACAGAUGACGUUGGAAAUCUUCCCGAAACUUGGAAAAAAAAGAUUUUUUGAAGGAUCGGCGUGGUUCUGCCGCUGUUGUGGUGCAGCCGAGUUGAACUCGUCGGUGACGGCGGAUUUGCAGUUCAUGGGUCGGCCCAGUCUUGCAGCAAGGCCGAUAAUGCCCUUCUGUUCCGCCCGACCUCCGUCCAGGGCAUGUGGUCCGUUUUUUUUUUGCUACAAAAAAUAUUGCUGUUCUUGAAUCUCAAGUAAUUCACUUCACCGUCAGUUGAUAUUUGAAAAAAACCACUGAAGCUACUUUCAAUCCUUUUUUCGUCGAAAUCUGCUCGCUAAAAUCGUUUCAAGACAGCGGUGAACGAAAUUUGAAAAAAAUCAUUAUAAUUCAAAAAAAUUUAAUUCGUUAAAAAGAAGCUGGCAAAAAAAUAAACUUCGCGCAUUAAUAAAGACAUAAUAAAAAAAUUUUUAAAAAAAAUCAUGAAAAAAAUGCUUUCAAAUUUAGUUAAAUGGGCAUAAGAAUAUGCUUUUUACCUAGUCUUUUUAUUUACGAGUUUUGCAAAUAUCUUUAUUUUUUCUUCCGGUUUUUCAAAGUAUUUUGUUAUAAAUUUUCCUUUUUGUUGUUAGGAACCAAGAUUUAUUUCUUUCUUUUUUCAAAUCUUCCAGUGAGAGAACGAUUCAUCUUUAAUUUCAAAAGCUUUUUUCAAGUUUUGAAUUUCGAAAAUUUCUCAAUAAUCCGUUUCUGAAUGAAAUUUACUGUUUCAGGUUCGUUUUCCAAUACCUCCACAAAGAACUAGCCAACACUAAAGUCUCGACGCCUCGAUUAAAGGUAAUAAAAAAAAAUUUUCCAUAAAAUAUAUUUUUCAAAGGAGCCAUCAUCGGUGACGGAACACUACAUGAGCAAAAUCGUCUCGCCGUCUUUUUUGUGCGCUCAAUGGUUCUUUUUUUUCAGAUUUUAUUAUGCGUUUUAUUUUUAGACUUUAAUCCCGUCAUCUCGAUAAGUUUUUUUGGUGUUAUAAAUAACGAAAGCAGGGGGGUUUCUGUCAUUUUCAUAAGCUUUCGUGGUUUCAAACAGUAAUAGGAGGGGGGGUUGAGAUUUUAUUCCUAUCAUUGAGAUAGCUUUUGUUGUUUCAAACAGUGAGGUGUGGAGGGGGUUGAGACAGUAAAAGGAGGAUUUUUUUCCACAUUCAUGACGUUUUUGCUUUGCGAACAGUGAAAAAUGAUGGGGGGCUGUUUUUUUCUAGAUAAUAUCUUUUUUUGUACAAUGGAAAAAGGAAAUUUCGGAUUUCUUUUUGUUUUUAAAUGACCGAUUGAAGUUUCUCUCUAGGAUUUUUUUCAGUUAAUUUUUCAUCUUUUUUUGACAUUUCUGAGAACCUUCUGACCCUUUGGUUUUCAGGCGAUUUCUUCGAUUUUUGCGGUUUUUUUUUGGAUUUGUCAAUUUUUUUAGCUUCAUCUUUUUGGAAAAAUUUGCUCGAAAUCCGAAUUUGCGAAAAGUUCCACAAUCUUUUUUUAUUCAUCUUCUAGGUAACGUUUCGUAAAAAAAUCUGAAAAUAGUCAUUUUUCAACGCAUUUUUUUAAAUUUUUUUAGUUUUUUAAAUGAUUUUUCAUGUUUCGAAUUCAAGAUCACAACGUUUUUCCAGGCAACAGUCGCCUCUGGAAGAAGACGAGGAUUACGGUCUUUCUGCGGAUACUGUAAGAGAUUACAGUGGCGGCGAGGGAAUGGUGGUCAAAGUCGGUUCUGAAUAUCAAUUUCCUGUUUUAAAACUUAAAUUUGAUGAAAUUUGGAACACCGAGGCAAUGGAUUCUAUAUGAGACGUUCAAAAAUCAAAUCACCUCUCUAUUUUCCAUUUUUUCAAAGUUUCUUGGUCGCAUUUGGAAUGGCUAAACCUAUCAUAUUAUGAAAACAAUUGACUGGGCUUUUUGAACUUUUUUUGUUUUCUUUUUACGCUACGCGCGAGUAGUUUUGAGGUCGGGCGCAAAAAGUUUGCAGAAAUGAUGAGUUUUGAGUUGGUCCUUAUGAGUUAUGGAUUUUUUUCGAAUUUUUCCUCGAAUUUAAAUAAAACGAAUAGCAAACACUUUUAUAUCAAUAUCAAAAAAAAAUGAUCGAUGGAAAUUUUCCAAGAAAAGUUCGUAAACGUUACAGAAAGUUUUUAAAAAAAUCUCUGAAACCAAUGGAAAUUUGCUUUCAUCAGGCAAAGUACCAGGGUAGCGUGAAAAUCUUGAAAAAUGAGAAAAGAGACAUUUUUUUCGUUAAGCCUAACUCCGAGGAUUUCACAACCUUUUUUUCAUAAAACUUGGACCGUUUCAAAGGAAUUUUUAUACAAAAAAUAACAUUUGACGCAAAGUUCUCAUGAGAUGUCAGUUUUGAAGAGCGGAAAAAAAAAGCAAACAAAGAUUUUUAAAGAAAAAGAGGUUAUCAAGUCUUUCCGACCUUCAACGAUUUUAUCAUGUUCUCUGAAGCUUCCCGAAAUAUAGAUCCAAAAUUAUCAGGAGAACGAGCUCCGACGAGAACUGCGGCAAAUCAUGCAAAGCGUCGAUCUGAACGUCGUGACCAGCAGAGAUCUCCGACAAGCCUUGUCGGAAAGGGUCGGCGGCGUCGGCGAUGAAUACAAGGUAUUCAACGAUGAAUUUUUAUUGGAAAGGUUCUUCAAAAAAACAGUUCUAUAAAGUUUACACUAGAGAGCUGGUUCCAAAAGUUCCAGUUGUCCAAAAAACGUAAAAGUUUUAUAAGAUUGAUAAUUUGCCUCCUAUAGAUUAUUACUUUUUUCUCUAAACAAAUUCCCAUUUUUUUCGUCCGUAUUUUUAUAUUUUUUUGUCAAUUCUGACUGCGAAAAAAAUCAAAAACUGUUCAAGCAAAUUAUGCAAUCUGAAAAAUCUUUUUUUCAAAAAAAUUAAGGAUUGGAGAAUUCAAAAAAACACGUUGCGAAUUUGAUAAGAAACUCUCCGAAAGUUUGAAAACGAAUGUUUUUCCAAAAAAAAAUUUUUAGUAUUUAUUGAAAAAAAUUUCGAAAUUUGUUACCGUUCCCCAUCGAAAAAAAUUGUUUUUCGGGCAUCAUUUUUCUUAUAAAUAAAAAAAUUUUAAAUUUUUUUCCAAAAGUCAAUUAUUUAAGAUUUUCGAUCUUAUGAAAUGGAAAUUUUCAGAUUUUUCCCGGCAAGGAAAACUAGAAAAAAAUUGACUUCGCUACUUAAAAAAAUAACAAAUUUUUUUGAAUUUUUUUCAAGAAGUUCUCACGAACUUUUCGAUUGAAUAAAUGUUUAAAAUUAGAAUAUUUUUGCUCUUUUGGCAGAAAAAAAUUGAAUUGAAUGUUUGGGAAAAUUCCAGAAUCGCCCUCCACCCGGUUACAGCCCCCCACGUCCGAAAAAGCCCCCUACCAAGGCAAAUUUGGGCUGGUGGGGGGCUAAAUCAAAUAUGGGGGCUAUACCUUAUUCUAGAAUCGCCCCCCACAGUGAUAAGUGGGGGACGAUUUUAGAAUGCCUAGACAAUCUUCAAGAAUCGCCCCCCAACUUUGGAACCUUCGAUUAUUUUUAUCAAAAUUGUCAAAAAAAUACAAAAUAUGUACUAUAUUAUGGUUAUUUUAUCCAAAAAGACAAAAACAGAACCUAUAAGUUUUAUAAAAGCAUAAUACACGUCAUAUUUUAGUAAUAACUACAUGAAAAAUGAAACAAAUUAAACAGGAAAAGGUUAAAAAUUUAAUUGAAAAACGAAAAAUUCCUAAAUUAAAAAUAUGAAAAAUCUGAUCAAAAAAACGCGGCCUCCCUUCAAAUCGUUUCGAGAUCCAUUAGCAAACUAUUUAACCUACUGGUGGGGGGGCGGCUCGUUCGGACGGGCCUGUGGGGGGCUAUUUCCUACACUAGCGGGGGGCCAUUCUGGAAUAAUCCCGAAUGUUUUUUUACAGGACUUUGUGGACCGGGAAAUGCUGGUGAUCCUCGGGCAAAUGGAAAAACCCUCGGAAAUAUUCCCGUACCUUUUACUCGGCACCGAAUGGAAUGCCUCUAAUUGGGACGAGCUCGAGAGCAACAAGUAUCUUAAUAAUCUCCUAAAACGGAAAAAGAAAUAUUUUUAGCGUUGGCUUCAUUUUGAACAUGACGCGGGAGGUUGACAAUUUCUUCCCCCAGGUCUUCAAGUACCAAAAGGUUUCUAUUCUUCGAUUUUUCGAAAAAACGAUUUUUUAUUUUUUGGAGAGUACGGUAUGUUAAAGUCCGCAAUUGGCGCGUUGCGUGUUUGCACAAAUUUAGUGAACCGUUUCCACUUUUUUUUUUCAACUUUUGUUCUAAAUUUUAUCGAAAUGCAUAAAAAAAUAAUGGAAACAGUUUGAUCAGAUGGAUUAGUUGUUUUUAAUUUAUUUGAAAAAAAAAAUGUAAAAUUUUGACUUGAAAAUGGAAAAAUCGCUUAGAAUGUGCAAACACGCCGACGCCAAAUGUGGACUUUCCGAUACCGUAACCGUCGGGAAUCGAAAUAAUCUCUCUUGUCGCAGCAAAUUUUUUCACAAAAAAAGUCUUUUAUUGAACUUUUUCGUUUUAAGGUUUGGGUGACCGACGAAGCCAACACCCAGCUUUUUGAAUCACUGGAAUAUGACGUCGGCCUUCAUCAGAGAAGCCAAGUUUGUUCAUUUUUUUACUUGGACGAAAGUUUGAAAAAAAUGUUAGGAAAAUUCUAUUUGUAAUCAAGAAAAAUCCUUAAAUGAAGAAAAAUUUUUUUAGAAAGUUUGAAAGUUUUACUCGAAAAACUCUUAUUAAUAUUCGAAUAAUUUCAAAAAAAUCCUUAAAGACGAAAAACGCUUAACAAAAAAAUUAAAAAUUUAAAAUGGCUUCUCUCGUCGGCUUUUUAUCGAAUUUUUUCACUUUAGAACCUUUAAGAAAUUUUUUUAACGCUUUCGAAAAAUGUUAUUAGUUUCUAGGAUUCUCAUUGAUUCUUUUUCAGAUAUUGAAAAUUAUUUUUUUCAAUCUGAAAAACACUGAAAACUUGUACUCGUACGAGAUUAUAAUAUUUCUUCAUAUUUAUAUAUUUUUUUAAUGGGAAAGUGAGGUAAGAUUUUUAGAGAAUUUCUUCUCUUAGUCCAGAAAUCCAGAAAAAUCGGGCUGAUUCUGUUUUUCUUGAUAUUUACUUAACCUUCAGAAUGGAUUCAUAAUUCUUCUUGUAAAACGAGGAAACCCAUUGAGUAUCGUAUCAGAACUUCAGAAAAUCGGGCCGAGUAUUCCAUUUUUUUUGUUUCUCUUAAGCCCUGGUCUAUCAAUUUUUUUCCUUCAAAACUCGAGUAAAAUCAUAGAUAAUUGUGCCAAAAUCCAGAAAAUCGGGCCGAGUUUGCUUGGUGCACUGCAAGAAAGGCAUCAGCCGGAGCUCUUCAACGGUGAUCGCCUACGUGAUGAAGGAGUACGGGUGGAGCCUCGACCAAGCGCUCGCCUACGUGAAAAAGCGGCGGAAUUGCAUUACGCCCAACAAGGUCGGAUCGAUGAAGCCUCGGUUUUCCGGCGGCCAACUUGUAGGCUUUCAGGGGUUCAUCGAGCAGCUCAAAAUGUACGCGGGAGCCCUGGAGGCGUCGCGCCACCGACACCAGUUCAACGGCAGGGCCCCGCGGGCGCAGUCCGUCUCCAGCGUCUGUAG